AAAAAGGUCUCAAUACAAUGAAUUCUAAAACAUAAGGUUAUAAACUCAAGUAGUCAUAAUUAUUACUUGUUGGCAGUGUAACUCAUUUCUCCAAAUUGAGGUAACUCUUGAUAUGUUAAUCAUUCUUUUCCCCUCCAUUGUGAUGCUUUUCUUGCUAGUUUUGGAGGAAAGUAUUUUCUUUUUUUUUUUAACGUACAAUUCUAGGAUCUAUUAAUACUAAAUGCAUAUCCAACAUGAUGAAUCAUGGCCUAGCUCUACAGAACCUUUUUUAAUUAUUAACCAUAAUCUCUCCAAUUAUGUUUCUUGCCGCAAAUCUGAAAGAAAAAUAAAAAAAAAAUUCAAGGGUUACAAGUGGGAAAAACUGUCAACAAGAUGUGUCAUUUGCUGCUUCCCUCAGUGUUAUCUGAUAAUUACUUGGAUGCUUGAGAUUUAGAAGCAUGAAAUCUAAGAGAAAUCCUUGUUGGCAUCUUGCUUAAGGACAAGGCCCUUUAGGCUCCAUCAUCAUAUUUCUCACAUACACUGUGUUUGUGUUGUUGCCAUGAUAUUUAACUUAUAUUUCACGAUAUGCCUUCUCCAGUAUUUUGGAAAAAGAAUGGCAAAUUGGCUUUAAGAAACCAGUGUUUUGGUUAGAGACAGAUGGGAGACAAUUACAUGAUUGAAUAAUUUUAGAAGAUAUUACAAAGGUGUCGUAUGUAAACAAAGUAACUACCAUAUCAUGGUUUCUCAUCUUUAUUUAUACUCAGAAUGUGUUGUGUUUCUCUACUUAACAAUAAUAGUUGUAAUAAUAUACUCCCUCCGUCCCAUAAUAGUUGUCCAUCUUUCCUUUUUGGGUUGUCCCAAAAUACUUGUCCACUUUCCAAGUUUAAACAACAUAUUUCACAUCUUUCCAUAAAAUACCCAAAAAAUUUUAAAAAAAUUCAAACUUGAUUGUUUAUAUAUUUAAACUUGAAAGGGUAUCUUUGUAAUUUUCAAAGGGGACAAUGCAAUAUUUACAUGUCCCCCUAAAAAGUUCUACUCCCCAAAAGGGACAUCUAUUAUGGGACGGAGGGAGUAUUAUGCAAUUUGAGGAAAUUACAUUCCGUGGAUGUGUUUUAUUUAUUUAUCUGUGUUAUUAAUUUUUUUUUUUUUUAAUUAAUUUAUAUCUUUGGAGGUUAUUGUUUGGUGCAAUGGUCAUCCUCAAGUUGACAAACGAGACCUAAGAAGCAUGGACACAGACAUGAUGCAACCUAGAUACGUCAACACUUCAAAUUUUUUAAAAGUAGGACAUGGACACAGUUUGGACAUGGCUAAUAAAAAUAUAAAUUUGCAUUUAUCUAUCCAUUGAGUAAGACAAUUUAUUAUAAUUUCUAUACUAAGUUACAUAAGUUACGAGAUGAAAUUAUUCGAAUAUCAAAUAUAACAUGUUAUAUUAAUAUAUUAUAGUGUGCUCUUAUAAUAUGUUUUUUUUGGUUACAUAGUGUGACAUGCAAUUUGAGAAAAUUACAUUCCGUGCAAUGUUAAUUUUUUAAAGAAAAAAAGGUUGGACACUUUGAUGUAUGUUCAUAAUUGUUUCCAGGACUAUCAUGGAUAGGAUGUCCUAGGUGUGUUGGCCAAGUGUGCCAGAUGUGUUGGCCAAGUAUCCGAAAUAAUAAUAAAAAAAAAUUUAAAUUAUGAACACAACGAUGAAGUGUCAGUGACAUGUGUAGGAAUGUCCAUGAAGUGCCAGUGUCCGACACAGAUAUGACACCUUCAUAGAAGUGUCCGUGCUUCUUAGAAUGUAAGGAUGUGGGCUCAAGUCUUAAGAAAAGCCACUUUGUUCAAAAUAAUAUCAAAGGUUCGAUUUAUUGUCCUCCAAACAUUUUGCAUUGGUGGAACAUAUGCUUGGAAAUAUCAUAUUCAUUUAUUUAUUUUUAUAUUUAGACAAGGCUUGACAGCAUGGACACCACUCUUCACUUCAGCACCCACUCUGCUUCUCCAGGGAUGGAGUUAGGAAUUCUGUUUAGGGGGCCACAAUGUAAUAAAGAAAAAAUUGAGGGGGCAGUUUUAAAAUUUUAAAAAUUUAUACAUACAAAACUGAAAUUUUUUAAAAGUUUAGAAGAGGAGGGGGGACACAUGCCCUCCGGGCCUUAAUUGACUCCGUCCACAUGCUCCUCCAUAGAAGGCAAGAUUUGAAAUAGGUAAAAGGUAAUAUAUUAGGUUUCUAAGAACACUGUUUGGUAGGACGGAAGGAAGAGGGAGGGAGUAAGUGUCGACUGUUUGGUAAAAGGGAGAGUUAGAUGGAUGAGACAUCUCUCAUGGAAUGUUUAAGCUCUUGCGGAUGGUUAAAGAUACAAAGAAUAGGAGAUAAAAUCCACGUUUACAAAAACCCCCCAAAGUAAUCUAUAGCACACUAUAUAAAGGAUUUCAGAUCAUACUGUGAUUGUCUGAGUGACUAACGGUUAAAGACAGAGAAUUGGAGAUAAAGUUCACGUUUACCAAGACGUCCAAAGUAAUCUAGAGAGCACAAUAUAAGGGUUGUCAUAUGAUUGUCAAUUGUUAGAUCAAACUAUGAUUACUUGAGUGAUAUAAAGUAUAUAAUUUAUUUAAGUGGAAGAAAGUUAUUUAUUAGGUUUCAGAGAAUACACUCUGUUUGGUAGGAGGGAAAGAAACGGGAGGGAGGGAGCAAGUCUCGGUUGUUUGGUAAAAGGGUGAGUUGGAUGGAUGGGGGUUCAUGGGUCAUCAUUUUCUUUCCUCAAAAUUAGAUGGAAGAGAGGAGGAUGGGAAAAAUAAAUAUGGUAUAUUAUUUAAAGUGACACUAUUACCCUUCAUCAAUUUUUCGCAAAAUUAUAUAAUGAGGGCAUGGUGUUAAAAAUAAUAUAAAUUCCCUUUCCUCUUAAAAACAAUUGAAGGUGUCACCUCGUUAUACACCAUUCCACUCAACCAAACAAAAAUGGGGAAUGACACAUUCCGUUCCCUAGGGAUGCCUUGUCCAUCCUUUUGUUUUUUUGUGUUUUGGUGGGGUGUGUGUGUGUGUUGUGGUGGGGGGAGUAAAAAAAUUGGCAAGUAAAGAAAAAUGAAAACAAAGUUAACAAAGUCUUGUCCAUCCUUCAUAUCCACUUUUUCAUCCUUUGUGUGAUUCAAGGACGAUAAGAAUCAGGUCUCAUUAAAUUGGACCCGCCUAUCGCGAUCAUGUCAAACAUUGAUUGCAAAGAUAUCCUAAGUGCUUAUUUUUGCAUGUCAAACACCUAAAUUAAAAGAAAAUUACAACAUGCAAAUGUAAUAUGACAUUACUUUACGCCCUGUUUGACAGCUCUAACUUUGAUAUGUGUAUUUAUUACUAGAAACAUGGACUAUCCACGCAUAAUAUAUAAAUGCAUAUAAUGGUAAUGGUUACUCGAAGAGGCUCUACACCUAAAGUCAACAUAUGAAGAGGACUAUCUGUAGCUGUUUAAUGAAUUAGUAGUUUUACUCAACCCUUAUAUCGUACUCUCUAAAUUACUUUGGGUCUUGGUAAACGUGGACCUUAUCUCCUAUUCUCUCUAACUUUAAACCGUCAAUCACUCAAGUAAUCACAAUAUGAUCUGACGGUUGAUAAUCAUCUGACAACUCUUUUAUUGUGUGCUCUAGAUUACUUGGGGGUCUCUGAAAUCGUGGACCUUAUCUACUAUUCUUUGUAUCUUUAACUGUCCCCAAGAGCUUAAACAUGCCAACCAAAUAUAUUUAAUAUUCAUAACGUUCAUACAUGUACACUAGAGGGUAGUCAGAUUUCUCAGGAUCUAGUGGACAAAUAUGGUAUUAUGCACCUACCAAAAAUAAAUAAAAAUUGAAGUUUAUAUAUGGAAAGAAAUGGAGCUGCUUAGCCUUUAAAUUGGGGCUAUUCUUCUUAAACGUUUCACCAAAUCAGGAAAACUAGUUUUAUAUUUCUCUUCAAUAAUUUUGCAAUGGUGAGGCCCGUGAGGAAGAAGAGCUUGGGUCGCAGAAAGAUCCAAAUGAAGAUGAUUCCAGAAAAAGAUGCUCGCCAAGUUGCCUUCUCAAAGCGCCGAUCUGGCCUCUUCAAGAAGGCCAAUGAGCUUUGUACCUUGACAGAUUGUGAGGUUGCUGUCAUUGUCUUUUCACCAGGUGGGAAGGCCUUCUCAUUUGGCCACCCUUGUGUGGACACAAUAAUGAAAAGGUUCCUUGGCGAAAGCCCCAUGCCGAUUGCUGAUAAGCCGGAGCCCUAUUUGUCUGCAACUUCUGAAAUUAACCAGUAUUUCAGUGACUUGAGUGAAGAAGUAGUAGCGGUGAAGAAACGAGGAGAGAAUCUGAAGGAGAUCGAGAUGGAGAGCAACAAUUUUGGCUGGUUGGAAGUACCAAUUGAUGACCUUGGCAUGGCUGAGUUGGUGAAAUCCAGGGUGCUUAUGGAAGAACUUAGGAACAAAAUAGCCAAGCGAGUUGAGGAGCUUUCCAUUGAGGGUUCUGUCCCAACACCAUCUCCAUCUGGGAACUCCAUUGGAGCUAUCGAUCUGAAUGUUCCUAACCCAGAUGAGAUGAAUGAUUCUGUUCAUUUUUGGCUGUAGUGAACCAGUCAGUUGGAGAAGGGUCUGUCUUAGCUGUGGUUUUCUGUGGAUGUGCGUUUUAUUUUAUAAAAUAAAUAAUUAAUUAAUUAUAUGAGUAGCUACCUGGUCUGUAUGUUGUCUCUCUUUGGCUUGGACUGCUGAUUAGUAAUAUCCAUGUGUUCUCGUUUUAAUGCUUUCAGUUACAGAUUAAAUAAAAUAAACUCUUAUCGGUGAUUUGAUUAGACAGUGGAAUGUUCAAUUAUAUAUUUCAUUGUUUUUGCAUCCUUCAAAUAUUCAAUUGCCAUUUUUUUUUUUUUUUUUUUUUGUGAUUUGGGAAGGAGUCCUUUAGAAAUCGUAUUCUAUUUAAAGAUCAAGGCACCUUUGCACUGGUUAAAAUUUAGAAAAUCUAUCGACUGUGCUAUGGGAAUUGAGUGAAUUGACGAAUUCGAUGGAGUGAAAACUCACAUCUUUCAAGGAAUAUAAGUGCAAUCAAACAUAUUUUAGAAAGAGGGUGGGGGCAAAUCCAAAUUUAAAUUGGUUGUCUGGAUAUUGAAACUUGAGGAAAACUGUGGCACUUUGUUCCUUUAUUAAACUAUUUAGUUGAUUAUGUUCCAUGAUUGCCUCCUUUAGGGAAAUAGUUUGAUGAACAUACUUCUUUCUUCUUGUUAUGCAAAUGCAUUGAAUUAAGUGUACUGACAGUUCAAUAAUCAUGGUACACUUUCAAUCUUCUCUUCUUCUUUUUCUUUUUUUUCUUUUCCCCGGUAAGGAACUUUAAAUUGUCCAUGUUAUUUGACGAUGAAGAAUUUUCAGUCUAUAAUUAGUGGAUGCAUGAUUCCUCUCUGUCUCUAAACUAAAUCAGAGUGUUUGAAAAUGUUAAGAAAAAGAAGAUCACAUCUCAACAACUAGUAUUGUUAGGUUUUUCUAAAGCACAGAGAUUUAGUUUUGUGGUCAUUUUAUAUUGUAGCAACUAGCAAAAACUUCAUUAUAAAUGGCCAAUUUUUGCCAUAAAGCAUUUGGUCAAUUAUCGGUUUUUUUUUUUUUUUUUUUU